AUGCCAGCUGACAGCCUCAGCGUAAGCCUCUCCAUGAGCGACCUUGAAACACAGUUCGAACAGCACCCAGUCACCUGCGCACUGCAGUGUGCCGGCAACCGCUGCCACGAGAUGCACUCACGUUUCAGCGAAGUCUCGGGUAUCGAUUGGGGUGGCGGUGUGGACUGGCCCGCUGCUGAGGGAUGUGCUGCUGGAGGCGGGUGUCGGCGACAGCGGAAGUGGAGAUGGUUUGAGUGCAAUGCCAGCAAGGUCCAGGAGGACGAUUGGUACGGUGGAAGUAUUCCCCUGGGCGUGGCGAUGGAUGAGAAACGAGAGGUCUUGCUGGCGCUGAAGAUGAACAACUCUCCCCUUACCCCACGACACGGCUACCCUGUGCGCACCAUCAUCCCCGGGAUAAUCGGGGCGCGCUCCGUGAAAUGGCUCGACACCAUUGCCCUGUCGUCCCGCGAAUCCCAGAACUUCUACCAACAGCACGACUACAAGAUCCUGCCGCCCUCGGCCACCUCCCGCGAGCAAGCCGAAGCCCUCGGCCUGUGGGAUGCCGGCCGCAUCCCGCCCAUGAUGGACGUGGCCGUCAACAGCGUCGUCGCGGUCCCUAGCGCGGACGACACAGAGCUUAGGAGGGACCCCACACCGGCACCGUUCGCAUCAAGGGCGACGCUAUCCCGUCUGGUGCGAACGGGCCGGUCGUGUCGGUCAGUGUUUCCCUUGAUAGAGGGGAAAGCUGGCAUGAGGCGAGCAUUUUGGACGGUGGAGAUGAGAAUACGACGACUCAGGAGAAUAGCGGCGUCCAGGGACGGGGCAGGUUUGCUUGGGUGCUUUGGGAGGCCGAUGUUAAGGUUAAUGGGGAUGGGGAUGGGGAUGGGCCGAAGGAGGAUGUUUGUGUCUGGAGUAAGGCUGUAG